UACUCAUCCAGAAUAUGUCCGUUGAUUCGCAUGACUUUUUUUCAAAUCAGUAAGACAAAUGCUUUGAAACCCUUUACAAUUUCUUCCUCAUCAGCGCCCAAUUUCAUUACAGUUUCUGAUUUGAUUUGGGUCUCCAAGAAUGAUGAAGAAGGAGAAGCUGAUGGAUCAGAUCUUCAACCUGAAGCUAACAUCGAAAUCACUGGUAAGGCAAGCAAAGAAGUGUGAGCAAGAAGAGAAAUCUGAAAAGUUGAAGGUAAAGAAGGCGAUCGAGAAAGGGAACAUGGACGGUGCGAGGAUCUACGCGCAGAACGCAAUCCGCAAGCGUAACGAGCAGCUCAACUACCUGCGCUUCGCAUCGAGGCUUGACGCAGUAGUGGCGAGGCUAGGGAGUCAGAGUAACCUGCAGAGUGUGGGCAAGUCGAUGGGUGGAAUCGUGAAGUCACUGGAAGGGGCACUUUGUGUGGGGAACAUGGAGAAGAUAUCACAGACCAUGGAUAGGUUUGAGAAGGUGUUUGUGAACAUGGAAGUACAGGCUAGCUUCACAGAGAAGUCCAUGGCAGGGACUACAUCUUUGUCCACACCAGAAGGGGAGGUGGGUUCUUUGAUGCAACAAGUGGCUGAUGAUUAUGGGUUGGAGGUGUCCCUGAAGCUUCCACAGGCAGGGAGUAGUAAUCAACAGGCUCUGGAGGUGCCCAAAGAGAGUAGGACUGUGAUUCCUCUUACUGAGGAGGAGCUGAGUAGGCGAUUGGCUGAUCUCAAAUCUAAGGGCUAGUUUUGAUUACUCCUCUCUCUCUCUCUCUCUAGUAUCGUGUAUGGUUGAUCUGGUUGGGUUUAGGAUUUAAGACAUGAAUUGGGGCUGGGGACAUUCUCUUUUGAUCUCUCUCUGUAUUUCAAAAUUUCUGUUUCCAUGUUUGGUUGAUUUGGUUUAUUAGGGACUUGGGACAUUCUGUUCUGGCUGAUUAUUGAGAAUUGAGAGUUUCUGUAGUUCAAGUCGAUCAAUUAUUAUGGUUUUCGGCA